AACGCUUCUUAAAACGAAAUCCACACUGGUUGGAACAAACACGUCAAAAGAUUGUGGAGGUCUUGCAAAGGGAGGAGCUCCAAGACGGCGGACAGACGCUGCUGUCCAACGUAUUCCGUACUCUUAAAGUUCUUUACUCAAUCCAAUGCUGUUGAUAUUAUCUUCGCGAUACUACAACCAUAAUUUCCAUUUUUCUCUAGUUGGAUUAUUUAAUGCCGCUGUUGCACUCUUGAUUAUCAUUCUGUUAAUUUUUCUUCCGCUCCUCCUCAAACAGCUGGAAGACGAGGCAUCAGAUGCGAUAGCGUCACUUCAAUCCGGAGGAGGUGGCGG